AUGCCAACAUCAGCAUCAACAUCGACAUCAACAUCAACUUCAACACCAACUUCAACUUCAAUUUCAAUAAAAAAACAACAGAAGGACUUUUCAAGGUUACAGAGGCCGAGUUUUAUCCCAAUGAAUCACCGAUUUGCAUUCCUCCAUAAUCGGCCAUUAGAAAAACUACACAUCUGCAACUUUUCAAGCCCAAAAAAUAAUUCAUCACUGCAAGAAUUUAUGCUGACGCAUAUUUCCUCACCUUUACUGUUUGCUUUUUCUCAAAGCAACUCAGGAUAA